AUGUCCGGGGGUCCCACAUCCACGGCACCAGUUCCUGACGACACCCCUGCGAAGCUUCCUCUGAUGGACACGGGCCCGCCUGCAAGGGUGGGGACCCCCAUCUCUCCGGGGCUCUGCUCGCCCCUUUGCCCGCACACCAUUAACUGUGGAGCAGCCACCCAUUGUGGUACCUGCAGCCGUGCUGGGACCCGCGGGGUCUUCACCGAGCAGGAUUCAGAAGUCAAAGCAGACGCUGAGGUUGAGCAGCCUGGAGGGCGGAGUGGGGAGGGCAGCCAGGGCCCACAGUGCGUGGCGGCUUUGCCCAGGGGCCCGGCAGGUGGGGCGGUGGGGACCCCCCCUUCACACAGACCCUAA